AUGAGAGACAUCAAGAGCCUGGACAUCAACUCAAUCAAGAUCAUGGGAGCUAGUGGGAACUAUCCCACGGGACACUGGUGCGAAGAGGUUGGUUGCUGUGAUGAAGGACACGACUGUGGCCGGGACCCGGGCCCUGACCGUCUCUGCCUCCCCACACCUGGUAUGGUUUCUGAAGAAGCACUGCUUGCUUUUGUCAAUAACAGGGAUGACAUAUCACCAUUUGGGCCCGGAAUUGAAGCCACCCAGACUGUGUCUACCGCAAUUUACGGCUCUAUACCCCAUGGAUGGAGCAUCGCCGCUUGUUUCAGUCCGAACCCUCAUCCUCGUGCAUACGAAGACACCGAUGCCGAGCUCGAUGAAGAUACCGAUGGCGAGGUCGAUGGGGGAGAGGGAAGCGGUGAAUGGAGGAAUAGUCAGAAGACUCCAUACUGGGGCUGGGACCGGUUUGAUGGCCGUGUAGCCUGUCGGGAAGUGGCCGACGAAGAUGCUGCCGAGGCCCAAGCCAAGACGACGAACUGGAAAUUCCAAAGGCGGGACGGUGCUACCGCUGUUGGCAGCGAGCCUCUGGAUUACUUUUCCGACUGGGACAGCGACAAUGGUGAUGUGGCCAUUCCGACACCACAUGGAGAACCCCUUCGGAGCUUCCGUCAAUCGCAUCGCACAAUCAGACGACCGCCGGAGGGGGCGAUCUGGAUCUGA